UUGCUCCCUUGUCGAGAUUGCUACCUUGAAGAUCAGCUGAUUGGCCAAGAGGCGAGGAUCCGAGGAUUUAUUUCUACAAUGAGGACUACUCGCUCCGUUGUUUUUUUAACCGUUAGGGACCGUUUGGAUACAGUACAAGCGAUUAUUGUCAAAAACAAAAAGUUUAAUGAGGAUUUGUUCUCUCUGAAAACGCUGUGCCCGGAGUGCUAUGUAGAAUGUGUUGGUAAAGUCAAGGGUGUCAACCCACUAGUUUUUAGCUGUACCAAGCAGAAUAUUGAAAUUGAACUGAGCUCUUUGCAAGUCUUGGGCCCUGUCAUAGAGCAACUACCAUUCAGUCUUAAGGAUGCCUCAGCAACGGAGGAAGAAAGAAAGGAAAACGAAUCUAUCUGUGCCGUUGCAUACAACAUUAGACUUGACAACAGAUUUCUUGAUCUCCGGAUGCCCCAGACACAGGCUAUAGUUAGAAUUAUGGACGGUGUGAUGUCGCUGUUUAGAGAAUAUUUGAGGAGGCAGAAAUUUAUUGAAAUUAAAACAACAAAGAUCAUCCAGUCUGGAUCUGAGGGCGGAUCCAAUCUGUUCAGCAUUGACUAUUUUGACAGGAAAGCAUUUCUGGCACAGAGCCCGCAGCUGUACAAGCAAAUGGCUAUUAUUGGGGGAUUGAAGCGUGUGUUUGAGAUUGGACAUGUUUACAGGGCUGAGCAGUCAAAUAUUAAUAGAUAUCUGAGUGAGUUUACAGGCUUAGAUAUUGAGAUGGAGCUAGAAGGAACGUAUGUUGAUGUCAUCAAAUUUAUUCACGCAAUAUUUGUAUUCAUUUUUGAUUCGCUGAAAGGCGAAUAUUCUAGGGAGCUCGACAUUAUCAGAAAAUACAGGAGCUUCGAGGAUAUAAAAUAUGGCAAGGAUCCCUUGGUUGUUUCUCAUAAGGAAUGUGUGGACAUUUUGAAGAAGAAAGGCCAAAAUAUUUCAUAUAAUGAAGAUUUUAACAGAGAGCAGGAGAAGAUGCUUGGAAGUGAGAUUAAAGAAAUGCAUGGGACAGAUAUAUUUGUAAUUAUAGGCUAUCCUGCAUCUGAAAGAGCCUUUUACACUUACGUUGAUGAGGAUGGGUCUACCAGGUCCUAUGAUUUUAUUUUAAGAGGUGAAGAGAUACUGUCUGGCGCGCAACGAAUAACCUCGUAUGAGAAGUUGAAAGCAGCUAUACUCAGAAAGGGCAUUCCUGUUGAGUCGCUGAAUAACUAUCUUGAGCCAUUUAAGUUUGGUGCGCCGCCUCAUGCUGGAUGUGGAAUUGGUUUUGAGCGUCUUCUGAAAAGCUAUUUUGGAUUCGACGAUAUCCGAUAUUUCUCCCUCUUCCCAAGAGAUCCAAACCGCAUUUAUCCAUGA